CCUCCCCUCGGCCCUCCCCUCGGCCCCCUCCGCCCUCGCGCGCCGCCCGCCCGGGUCGCGGCGGGGCCGUGGUGUACGUGCAGAGCGCGCAGAGCGAGUGGCGCCCGCACGCCCUGCGCUCUUCCACAGGCCGGGCCGGGCAGCCCCGGACGGUGAGGCGGCGGCGGCGGCCGGGGCGGCCGAUCUCGCGCGUCCGGGCCCGCGUGCCCGAGCGGAGGUCGCCGUCCGCCGCGCAGGCCGCGGUCCCUCAGCUCGCGGCAGCGAUGAGGCGCUGAGGCGGCCGCCGGCGCUGCGCGGCAGGACCCGAGGACGAGGCAGCGGCCGGGCCGAGAGCGCGGGGCGCCGGCCUCCCUCAGGCGAGGAGUGGCGGGUGCGUGGCGCAGUGACGGCCUCUGCCGCUCCGCCCGUUCCCCGGCCCCGGGCGAGGCCCUCCGGCCGCCACCCGUCCUGCUCGGCCGCCGUCGCCAACGCCGCCGCCAUGGCUAAUGACAGCGGCGGGCCCGGCGGGCCGAGCCCGAGCGAGCGAGACCGGCAGUACUGCGAGCUGUGCGGGAAGAUGGAGAACCUGCUGCGCUGCAGCCGCUGCCGCAGCUCCUUCUACUGCAGCAAGGAGCACCAGCGCCAGGACUGGAAGAAGCACAAGCUAGUGUGCCAGGGCGGCGAGGGCGCCCCGGGCCCCGGAGCGGGCCAGCACCGGCACCCCGGCUCCGCGCCGCCCGCCUCCGCGCCGCCGCCCAGGGCCGGCGGGGCCGGGGCCAGGGAGGCCAGGAAGGCAGUGCAGCGCCGGGACAGCGCCGCCGCCGUCGAGAAUGCGGGCGCGCGGGCCGCCGGGGACGCGGCCAAGGCAAAGGCCAAGCCCGCGGCAGACCCCGCGGCGGCCGCUCCCCCGCUUCGCGCGGCUGCAGGCGGCCAGGGCCAGGCGGCGGCGGCGGCGGCCGAGGUGGAGCCCGCGAAGGAGGAGGCGCUGGCCCGCGCGUCGCAGUACCAGGAGAAGGCGAACCUGUACCCGCCGAGCAACACGCCGGGCGAGGGGCUGAGCCACGGCGGCGGCCUGCGGCCCAACGGGCAGACGAAGCCCCUGCCGGCGCUGAAGCUGGCGCUGGAGUACAUCGUGCCGUGCAUGAACAAGCACGGCAUCUGUGUGGUGGACGACUUCCUGGGCAAGGAGACCGGGCAGCAGAUCGGCGACGAGGUGCGCGCCCUGCACGACACCGGCAAGUUCACGGACGGGCAGCUGGUCAGCCAGAAGAGUGACUCGUCCAAGGACAUCCGAGGCGAUAAGAUCACCUGGAUCGAGGGCAAGGAGCCCGGCUGCGAAACCAUCGGGCGGCUCAUGAGCAGCAUGGACGACCUGAUCCGCCACUGUAAUGGGAAGCUGGGCAACUACAAAAUCAAUGGCCGGACGAAAGCUAUGGUUGCUUGUUAUCCAGGCAACGGAACGGGUUAUGUACGUCACGUUGAUAAUCCAAAUGGAGAUGGAAGAUGUGUGACAUGUAUAUAUUAUCUUAAUAAAGACUGGGAUGCCAAGGUAAGUGGAGGUAUACUUCGAAUUUUUCCAGAAGGCAAAGCCCAGUUUGCUGACAUUGAACCCAAAUUUGAUAGACUGCUGUUUUUCUGGUCUGACCGUCGCAACCCUCAUGAAGUACAACCAGCAUAUGCUACAAGGUACGCAAUAACUGUUUGGUAUUUUGAUGCAGAUGAGAGAGCGCGAGCUAAAGUAAAAUAUCUAACAGGCGAAAAAGGUGUGAGGGUUGAACUCAAUAAGCCUUCUGAUUCAAUCAGUAAAGACGUCUUAUAGAGCCUUUGAUCCAGCAAUACCCCCCUUCACCUACAGUAAUUGUUGACACGAUUUGUUAACUUGUGAAUACAAAUAAGUGGGAUAAAGACACAUAGACAACCAGUUGGCAUUUUAAUAAGGAAACAGAAACAACUUCUUUGUGUUGCAUCAGAAGGAAGAUCUGGACUGCGUGACUUUGUACUGCAUGAUCGACUCCAAACCUGUGAUUGCUAAUGGGAAGAGUAUAAGCCACCAGCUGACAAUGGUAUUGACAUCUGGACAUGAAAUAAGUGCCCUCGGUAGAAUUUUUUCAUUCUUAAUAUUUUGCCAGAUCUGUCAUCUAGAUGAGUUCAUUUCAUCGCUCCCUUUUUUAUAUAGUCAAGUUUGAAUUUGAAGUAAUUUUUGUAUGAUCAGGUACAAUAUAUCAAAACUGAACUGAGAAAAAAUUACAGUAUUAUUCCCCAAAAUAGCAUCGAUCUAUUUUUGUAAACUUCUUCGUACUAUUAAAUUUUGCCCUAAAAGACCUCUCAUAA